UAUUAAAGUAACAUAAUCUUAAUAUAUAUUAAAGUUAAAAAAUAAAUGCUGGUGUCAGCACACCUUGCUAACUGCGUAGUAGAAAAUAACGAUUGCGUAAGUGUUACACAUGACUCAUAAAUUUCGCAAACUGUANUUCUGUCGGAUAUCAGAUAUCAUCGAUUUUAUCACAUAUUCAAAGUAUAGUUUAAUAUGCAAAACUACAACAUCAACCAAUAUGUAGCAUCAGCAAAAAUGCACUAUAAAAAGGCGAAACCCGUUGCAUAAAAGUAGUAUUUUAUCGGAAAACGGUUGGAGCACUUACUUGCUGUGUGUCUCGAAACCAAAGUGUUAUAAGAGUGAAAAAUGGGAACAAUCGCGCAGUUAGAGCGCAAUGUAUUGGAACAGUCGACUCGUUUGAACUCGGGAGAAGAGUUUGUCGCGUGGAAGCAACGUUGUGAAGAAUGUCUCGAAUUAUUGGAAGAACAUAGUCGGAACAAACGUCCGCGACUGUCUGUAGGAGUCAGACAAUCGCUGGAAUUGCCCGACUCGAAGGAUUAAAAAACUUGCUGCGUCGACAGUUUGCAUAUAGUGGCGCCAGACAUGGACUUACAUGGCGAGAGAUAGACACCGCUUUUGAGAGUAGACUAAUGACGGGUGCUAUCAUCAACGAAGAUCACGUUGAACCUCGCCAUUUUCUCGAACACGCGAGAAGCACGGUGUUGGAAAAAGUGCAAAAUGCCAUUGAAAAACACAAUAAUCUGAAAAUCAAUACAACGUUCAAUGGUGAAUUUGUAUCGGGAGACAAACGAGCCAAUAAAAGUAUAACUACCAGAAAUUCGGAAAUUUUUUGUACAACUAAUUUAGACGACUGGUACGAGCAAUACAUCAUCAAACCUACGUUAGCGUUUUUAGAUGAAUUUCAAGAACGCGAUAGUGGGUGGACCUUGUCACGUAUACUGAAUUUAACUGUAAACGUGAACAAGUAUAAUCUAAUUAACGUAAUAUGUUUCAAUUAUACAUUCACGCGUUUUCGACACGUUCAUAAGUAACAUGAUCCAUAGUGAUGGCUAGCAUGAUGAACGAUUUUAAUUAUUUAGCAAAAAUCAAAGUGACAUUUUGAUGUUCAACUACAGAUAUAAAAAUCACAUAGUUGCAGUAACGACAAAUUAUUACCGUUAUCAUGUGUUUCAAUUUUACAAUCACACGUUUUCGGAACGUUCGUAUGUAACAUGAUCUAUAGUGAUGACUAGUAUGAUGAUGCUGCCUUGAUGUAACAAGAUGCGGCAAAACCCAAGACAUUUAGACGUUUUAACCGCAUACGUAUAAAAUAUCUGCAAUAAAAGCGAUAGACCAGUAAAGCUAUUGAAAAAACACGUGUUCCAAUUGUACAUUCGCGAGUUUUCAGCACGUUUGUCUGUAACAAAAUCCGUUAAGACAAAGAGCGCCUUGAUGUAACAAGAUUCGUUUUAUAUGCAUUUGGGUAUAAAAUAAUCACAUAGCUGCAGUAAAACAGAUAAAACGUGUACAGACGUUGCAGUCUGAUAUAAGUUCAUCGGCAUUCUGUGGGAUACGAGGAAAGACACACGGAUUCUUAACACAUUUAAAGAAUGAGGUAUAAAUAGGAGCGACUUUUGACGAGUCUCAUUAGUCUCAAGUACAUCAUAGUGUCAUCAAGAAAUCUACUAUGGAUAUUGUGCAAGAGUGCAUCCAGCACACAACAAUUGCGCAGUCAGCUGCAUCUCAUCUGCAUCACACUGUCAAUAUGCUGAUCAAAAGCAUUAAACAGAUAAACACUCAACUGCAGGAAUUGGUAAAACGCGACGCGGAAGUACAAAUUGGAUUUAGAAACGGAACUCAGCUUCUCCAGCAGUUAAUAAUUGCAACUACUAUUAUGAGGGAUUUAACACAAGUGCUGCAAACACAAAUAACUCGAUUCGAAGAAAUGAAGGAUAUGGUGAAUCAAGUAAUUGGAUACAUUCAUGCUUAUGAAAAUUCACCGCCUCCAAGUGACGAUGAAGUAGAAGCCAUAGAAAUAGAAGUAUAAUAAGUUUUAUAUUAGUUUUGUUUUUUACAUAGUUUCAUGUUUAUUUUGUAGUUUCUAAUGUUUAUCAUAUAAAAUAGUUUAUAUUAUAGUUUAUACUAUAAGUUAUAAGUUAUAAUA